AAAUCGACAGUAGGAUUACACAGACGACUUUUAGGAAGCAACUAGACAUCUUACUUCUUUUUAGAGCUUAAUUCAGUUUCACAUUCAUUUUGGCUGCAACAUUUAACAAUGAGAUUAAUUUUUCUAGGCUUGCUAGCCCUUUGUUGCAUCUCGUCUGCUUUGACGACCACCAGUGAAGGUAACAGUACAGAGGAUAGUUUAGCAGAUGGAUCAACUAAGGAGGUAAAGGUGUGCAUCGUAUGCGUGACGGCUGACCAAAGCGAAGAAGAAGAAGAAGCAAAUCCAUCCGAAGCGAAUGCCCAUCACGAAACUUCACACUCGGAGAGAAAACAAAAGUGGAGGAAAAAAUGGCUACUCAGACGAGAAAAGAAUCGUUUUAUGGAUCAUCACCAUCAUCAUCCCCACCAAGAGCAGAAAUGGAAUAAAAAAGUUAGGCGAUUCCAUGAACGUAAAAACCGCUGGAAUGAAAAGAAGAAGUUCUUAAAGAAAAUUCAGUACGCAGAGCGUUCAUCUCAUACCGACAAUUUGAAUACCGCCAUGGACAAGAUGCUCGAGCAUUUCACAGGAACGUUGAGCAACGGGAAUUCGACAUUCACUUUAAGACUGGAUAAACCUCACGUGGACAUGAAAAUUGUACCCUGGACGUUCGUUGAACUCGAAAAAACCAAUACAUCAAACGCUUCAAGAAAUCCAACAGCCGAAGCGGAAACUGCCGAUUCCGAUGUGGAAGAUAACGAAGAUGACACGAAUGCAGAGGAGGACUCUAAACAAGGACCUGCCAAUACUGAAGAUGAAUCGCAAACAUCAGCCGAGGCAAACACUGUGAAAGAGGACACUAAUAAGGCCACAGAGGACGAUAACGAUGACGAUGACGACGAUGAUGACGAAGAGGCAAUCACCGAAACUUCCGCCAAUGUUACUUGUCAAACAAACAAUAGCACCAAGCGAUAUUACCUUACUUCAAAGCCUGUUCCCGUUGUGCUAUCGAACGGUGCUGUCGAGUAUAACCUAAAAUUACUCAGCGAAGAGGAAAUCAAGUGCAGAAAUGGGUCCACUACGGAACAGUCUACUGAACUUGAGGAUGAAGGCAAAGAGCCAAAGAUGAGCAAAAGGCGUCAGCGAGCAUACGCGAAACGUUAUUCACGAAGAUCGUUUACCAGAGUGGAAGGCGCUGAAUUGAUAGAAAGAAACGGCGAUGUCAUGAUCGGUUCACGAGAGAACUCCAGUAUCCAUGUCGUCGAUGUUCAAUUGAAAAUUGGACCCAUCACUUUUAUUAUGAACAAAAAAGUUGCCUAUCCAUUUAGAAAAUCUCGUGUAGCUUUUCCCGCUCUGAUGGCUCGUCUUCGUUUAAAGAUUUCGGAAGGACAAUUGAUGUCAGCGAGAUUCAAGCCCAAAAAGAUCCAACCAAGUGAAGCAAUUGUCACUCUCCAAUUAAAGGAAAAUGAAGCGCUAAUUAGCACUGAGCAAGUGAUUGCCAAACUUGUGGGUUACCUGAGCCAGGAGACAACUAGCGCUUGGAAUUCGGGCUACCUUCUGCGCCGACUCAAGGGCAAAUUCAAGCAACUUUACAUUGGAAAAACAGUUCAUAAAAAAAUUGAGUUCAACAACGAAGACGCGCGGAAACUUGUCGAGCUCUUGACAGCCCAUUCGCUUAGCUCCAUUUCUGACCAGCAACAACCUUCAGCAGAGCAUCCGACUACAUAUGCACCAGUACUAAAUGAACUUGAGGAGGUUGAAGUAUUGCCGUCCUUCACUACAUCAAGGCCCAUUACCCAAUAAAACCGGAAUUUUUCCAUCGCUAAAACCCAAGGUGUUGUUAGUGCCCUUUUUAGCCUACUGUAGAUAUUUCGUUUUCAGCACGGGUAUCUGUUAUCUGGAUCUUUAAUUGAAUCUGAAAUACAUAUACUGCUAUUUA